AUGGAGGAGCACGCCUAUAACGCUCGGUUCGCGAUUCAUGUCACAGCGAGAGGCCCCGGCCCAGAGCAGUCCAUUGCUCUUCGUGACAGGCUUAAGACCGCUCUCAAAGCCGCGAUGCAGUGCAAAGACACCAUGAAGUCCACGACGAUUCGAUCGGUCUUGUCUGAAAUGAACGCGGCAGACAAGGCCGCGUCCGGAGGGAACUUCGAGGCCGCUCGUCGCCCGGACCUCGCCGAGAAAGAGCUCCAGGAGGCCGCGCUCAUCAACACCUUCCUCCCCCCGCUGAUGUCUCAGGCCACAGUGGACGCAACGCUGAGGAGUUACUCGCAGAUCCCGCCGUCAACGCCGCGUACCAUGGGCAAAUAG